AUGAUUAGAACCGUAAAGCCCAAGAAUGCCAGGGCCAAGAGAGCUCUGGAGAAAAAAGAGCCGAAAUUGACGGAGAACGUGAAGCAAGCGCUUUUAAUUCCUGGCCAAACUUCGAAUAAGCUCUUGCACGAUGUUAUGGUGGACCUUGGUGGACUCAAGAAGCCUGAUGUGAAGCGCUUCACGCGGAAGAACGAGCUUCGUCCGUUUGAGGAUGCGUCGGGUGUCGAAUUUCUCAGCGAGAAGAAUGACAGCUCGUUGGUGGUGGUCUGCUCCAACUCGAAGAAGCGGCGCAACAACUUGACAUUCAUAAGGACGUUUGGGUACAAGGUUUACGACAUGAUGGAGCUGCAGAUUGCAGAGAACUACAAAUUGCUAGCGGACUUCCGGAAGCAGACGUUUGCAGUGGGGUUGAAACCGAUGUUUUCCUUCCAAGGUGCGGCAUUCGACUCUCACCCAGUAUACAAGCACGUCAAGUCUUUGUUCCUCGACUUCUUCCGCGGUGAGGUGACCAAGCUGCAAGACGUUGCAGGGCUUCAGCAUGUGAUAGCAAUGACGAUCCAGGGCGACUUUGAGGAUGGCGAGCCAUUGCCCAACGUCCUUUUCCGCGUCUACAGGCUUAAGACGUACAGAAGCAGCCAAGGUGGUAAGAAGUUGCCGCGUGUGGAGCUUGUGGAGAUUGGACCACGCCUGGACUUCAAGAUUGGCCGUAUUCACACGCCUUCGCCAGAACUGGUGAAGGAGGCUCACCGGAAGGCUAAGCAGCUUGAGGUCAAGACGGCGAAGAACGUUGAGAUAGACAGCAUGGGUGACAAGAUUGGUCGGGUGCAUGUCGGCAAGCAAGACCUCAACCAGCUGCAGACACGGAAAAUGAAGGGGCUUAAAUCCAAGUAUGACCAAGUCGACGCUGAGGAGGAGGAGUACCUGAAAGACGAAGAAACUUAUCUAGACGAUGAUAGCUACGGCGACGACUUCGUUACAGCUACUGACAUCGAGCCACCAGCCAAGAAGCAGAGAAAAUAG